UAAUACUCUCUACAUAAACAUUUAACUAUUAACUAGGAUAGACCUAGUUUCGUUUUUCAUGUAAUCUGUUAACUAGUGUAAAGAUAAAAACUUAAACUCGGAUGAAUAUAUCAGUAAUAUAAAAUGGCUGAUAGAAAGAUUCGGAACUUAACAUCGGACUAUUUAACAUGUACAAUAUGUUGGAAUAUUUUUACGGAGCCGAAGAUGUUACAGUGUGGACAUUCUUACUGUGCUUCAUGUUUAGUGGACUAUGUCAAGGUCAUACAACGUCAUAGAGAUUGCUUUGAGUGUCCCGUGUGUCGCCAUCCACAUUAUAUUCCCUCAGGAUCCACGCCCGAAAACGUCAUUCAAGAACUAUCAAACGACACAGUUUCCAUUUCCAUUUUAAACGCCCUUGGUAUUCAAGAUCAAGUUGACCCGGAAGGAAAAUCCGAACUUGCUCACUUUGUUGAGAAUGAAAGUGAAAGAAUUGACAGCAGUAUCACUCCCGGAAGUAGCUUUUGCACAUGCGCUCGUCACCCACAGAAACCACUAGAUGUUUAUUGUUCCAAGCAUGAUAUUGUCAUUUGUUCAGAAUGUGCAGCUUCCAGUCACAGCGAAGGUGAAUGUGAUUGUUCGUCUGCUGCAAAAGUGAUCAAUAAGCGCUUAAAUGCACUCAAAUGCUUGGUUGCUCAGCAAGCUUCUGAUGCAUCUAGAUUGUUUGAAUGCCAAAAUUCAGAUGAAAAAACGAUGAAAAGCAUCCAUGAUGAAUUUCAAAAGUCAAUAACUGAGGUUGAGGAAAGUUUUAAUGAAGUUUAUCGUAUUUUUCGUAAGAGAGUAGAAAGUCUUAGAACGAAAGCCAGAGAAACAUUAGAUAAAGAUUUGUCAUCUUUUAAUGUUCGCCGAUUACAAGACUAUCUCGUUGAAAGGGUAAAAGCUAUUGAGAUCGAAUCGACUGAUUGUAAUCCGAAUAAAGUGCUAGACUUGAUAUCAGAUCUCUGCCAAUCUUCGUCUGAACUUCAGGUAAAUAUUCAUGAUCUCACUGAAAAGAUUAAUUCUGGCGCUCUCAUGAAAUACGCAGAAGGAGAUCUAAAUGUUCUCGAUGCUUUCGUAUCGACCGUUAAACAGACUCUUCCGGGCGAGUUUCUUUCUCUCGAUGAAGUUUUUAAAGUUGACCCUGAUGAUAAAGAUUUUGUUAUAGUAACGAACAGCGGACAAUUUCUAGAUUUCGUUGACGAUGACGUAGACAGUCCAGAAAUCUCACAACAGAUCAUGUUCAGCGCUAAGUGUGCAAAUGAAGAAAGAUGUAUGUUGUCCGGCGUAGCCCUCAUAGGGAAUACUGCAGUUGUUCUUGCUGACCAGGAGAACAAAAAGCUGAAGAAAUUUAAAUUGCCAGAGGGACGAUUUCUUGAUGAGUUAUUGAUGGAUGAUCAGCCACACCAAGUUACUACCCUUCGUGAAACGAAUUCUGUCGCAGUCACUUUCUGGGAUGUAUCUAAACUCGUCAUUGUUUCAACGGAUCCGAAACUUAAUGUCUUAAGAGUGCUUGAAACUGACACUGAGUAUAUAGGAGUCACGUCUCAUAUGACAGACAUGUUAGCCGCUGCAAGUAUCCAGUGUCGUCGUAUUGACGUCCUAGAUAUUAGGGUUCCAGACGAGAUACGUAAUAGGAGACGAGAGACAAUAUUCCAGUCAUCACGACGCCGUUGUUUCCCCGACCGACUAGCUGCUACGUCUGAUGGGAGUGUAAUCGUUCGAAAUCGCCGCCGCCAUGGAAAUUUUGUUAAAAAUCCCGGGGUGACCUAA